AUGUUGUCAAGAUCAAGAUUGGUAGUUCGAACCCUUCCGAUCUCACGAAGAGUUCUUCCGAAAACAAGCGGAUCAAUAAGAUAUGUAUCUUCCAACAACAAAGAAGUUAAGGAUGAUUCUGAUUCUAAAUUUGAUUCGAUUGAUGAGUUUAAUAAACAUAGGGUACAAUAUAAUUUUGGUCAUAACUUUAAUGAACUUGAAGAUUUAGAACCAAUAACCAAUCCAGAUGUAAAACGUGAAGUUGAAACCAAACAACAAAACAGCAUAAACCUAGAUGAUGAAAUGAUGCAGAAUGUUAAUACUAUGCUUGAACAAGAUCCUCGUUUAGCAGGAUUAAAACCCGGUUCUGCAAAAUAUAAAGAAAUCUUACAUUAUCUUCAUGAAGAGUUCCAAAAACAACAACAAAAGGAAAGAAAGAGAUGGGAAUUUAAUGAAAGAAUGAGGGGAGUUCUUCUUGGUGCUGUAGCCGUUGUUGGAAUUUUAUCUGCUCAUCAAAUCUUUAUGAAUUAUGAAUAUUUGAAAAAUAAAAUAAUGGCAAAUAUAACUUAUAAAGGUGUUGAUGAAUCAAAGGCAAAAGAUAUGGCUUCUCCAGAAUUGAAUACUAAGAAAGCAAGUAAUUUGAAAGAUGCUUUAUCUAAUGAAUUACAUGAAUCAAUCUUGGAAACUGUUCAAGAUUCAAAGCAAGUCCCAGGAUUAUAUGUUUUUGGAUCUCAUAAUUCUCAGAAAUUACCUGCUCGUAUUCCAUUCUUUGAUAAUAUGUUACUUAAGGAUGUCUAUGUUUCCGGUGAUUAUUUAGCAGCUGUUAAUGAUGCCGGAAAAGUCUAUGAAUUAUACAAGGGCUUACAAGAGCCACAAUUGGUUAACUUACCAUUCAAAGUUCAACUGAUCGGAGCUAGUGGUCCAUUCCUUUAUUUCUUAACCAACAAAGGUCAAGUCAACUACAUCCCCAGAGGCGAUCAAAAAGUGACCAACUUCCUCCCAACUUCAACAAGAAACUGGAUCGGUCUAUUAAAACAAACCAAAUAUGCCACAUUAUCAACCCAAGACCCUAUCAAACAAAUGUCAACCGGGAAAGAUCAUCUUACAUUAUUAACCACCCAAGGAAAAAUCCUUAUUGUUAAUUCCAACCCCACCAAUCCGGAAAACUAUGGACAAUUCGGUCCCGCCUAUUCCCCCUAUGAUAAAUCAAAAGCAAUCCCGUUCAAUCAACCGAUUGAUAUCACUUUAUUAAAUAACGAAAUCGUCAUCCGUAAGGAUGGGACUAAAUUCAUCCAACCUCGUGUAUUUAGUAGUAUUGCCGCCGGACAACAUUUCAAUAUUGCUUCUGAUCAAUCGGGGAAUAUUUGGACAUGGGGGAAGAAUCUAUCUGGACAAUGUGGGGUUGAAUUGAGUGAAACUACUGAAUUACGUCCGAUUCCUAAGGUUGUGUUGACCAAGGAGGAUUUUAAACGGAUUUGUAGAAGUUCGUUGGAUGCCAAUCCAAAUACGGAAGAAUUUUCGGUUAGGGAAGUGUUUGCUGGGGAUGAAAGUUCAUAUAUUCUUUUGAAUUAUGCCGACGGGAGACAAAAAGAACAAGAUAUUGUGUUGAGUUUUGGAAAUGGUAUAAAUGGACAAUUAGGUGGGAAUAGAUAUUUACAUGUAUGUUCAAAACCACAAGUUAUGAAAUCGUUAUUGGGAUUGACAGAAUAUGAUGAAGUUAGAGGAAAAUCUGUAAAUAUUGGGAUUAAGGAUCUUAAUGUUGGUAACAAACAUCUUUUUGUUACUUUGGAUACUGUGGGUGAGAUGAAGGAUGUAUUGGCAGUAGGUGAGAAUGAACAUGGUCAAUUUGGGAAUGGUAAGAGGGUUAAAUCAAGUAAGCCACUUCAAAUACCUAAAUUAAUAGAACCUGAAGAUGUUGAAAAUAAUAGAGGAUCAAUGAAUAAGUUGGUAAAGAAGAUUAAUGAUAUUGUUACUAAUAGACUACUGAUGUUGCAUGAUCAUAAAUUACCUUCUGGGGCCAAUGUUGAACAAGUUAUUGUUGCAAGUGACGAUGCAUCAGCCAUCUUCUAUAGACGUAAAUAG